UGUGGAAAAGUUUACCUUAACUGUCAACAUAUACACUUGAACAUGUAUACUUGUUGACACUUGUUCCUUCAUUCUCCACUUUAUUGUCUUGUCUUUCUGUCAGGUUACCACUACAUUAACCUAAAGAAUGAGCUGAACCAGCCCCUUCUCCUGCCCUCGCUGCUGGUUUACACCGAGGCUCAGGACUACAUCCCAAAUGAGCACCAAGAGUACGCAGAGGCUCUGACCAACCCCAUUAAACACAUCAGUGAGCUGCACAAGAGAGAAACACAGCUGGCUGUUCUCUUGGAGGACAUCAGUGAGCAUGUACCCAACCAACCUAAAGAUGGAGAGAACAAGAACGCCUGCGUCAUUCCAGUCCGACCUCCAUCUCCCUUCAGCUACCCUCCCUGCCCCAUGUACGAGUCUCCUGACAUCAAAUUACCUCCCCCAGCACAAAGUCAAAAGGAGGAUCUUAUAGCUACCGUUCUGACAGAUGUCCAGGUUUACUCUAUCGAUGAGCUGAAGCAGCAGAAAAAUUACAUGAAGCUGCUUAAGAAGCAGAACAAAGAGUUGAAAGAGCUGCAGAAGAAACAUCUCAAGAAGGUGUGGAAUCUGAGCAAGGAGCAACAAAACCGCAGCAGUCAGCUCCAGUCGGACAGCCAGAAGAGACGCAAUCAGAUGGAGAAACAUCUGAAACGCAGCAUUAAGAAAAAUGAACCACAUGAGCCGGUGCAGAGUGAGCUGACGGCACUGGAUAAGGAGCUGGAGAAGCAGACGGUCCAGCUGAGGGAGUGGCAGAUGCAGGAGCUGCUCAAGCUGCGACAGGAACUUCACGCACUGGAGAGAGAGAAGCAAUACGCACACCUGAAACAGGCGGUCCAAAAGUUGAAGGAGACGGCAAACGAAUGCCAGGCAGCUCAGCUGAAGAAACUCAAAGAGCUGUGUGAAAAGGAGAAGAAGGAGCUCCAGAAGAUCAUGGACAGGAAGCGUCAGAACAGCAUUAUCGAAGCCAAGAGUCGUGACAAGGAGAAGGCUGAGACAUGGGAAGUGAAUGAGAUUAACAAGAAACACAUUCAGGAUUCUGUUGACUUAAUCCGCAGGCUGGAGGAGGCCCAGAAGAGGAGACAGGAGAAACUGAUGCUGAGGCAGCGGGACGUGCUGCAGCACAUAGAUGAAGAUCUACCACAGAUGAAGGCCCAGUUGCAGAAGGAACUGGAGGAGGAGUACCAGCAUCUGCCGGAAGAGAUCUGUCAGCACCUGCAGCUGGAGCUCCAGAACAAGGGUCUGCAGAAGGACGCCCUCUUCUCACCCUUUUCCAACCACAGCAGCUCCAGCCCCAGUUCGGGUUCAGGCCCGCCCUCCAACUGCUCCACGCCCUCCUACCCUUCGACGCCAAAUCGGGCGCUCUGGAAUAGGAGCAAGGACAUUAGCUCGAUCUCGUUGGACGAUUCCAAUUCCUCGUCUACUCCCAUCCUAUCAGAGGCAGAGGUGUCGUUCAGUUAAAUUGACUAGAUUUGUUCAGUGUAAAAAGGAAAUGCAAACAUUUAACUGGGGUCUAUAAUGAUUAAUACGUGGGAUAGUAAUGAUAGAGAUUAUUUACUAAUUUUAUUCCUUUUACUACAGACUGGUUUAUUUGUGUCUACAGAGCUUUAUUAUUUUUUAUGUUGCCAUUUUCCUGUCACAUGACACAUGGUUGGAAAAUUCCAGCAUCGUAACCUGACUUUUGUUUUUACAUUUGUUUUUUUCUCCGCCUUUGUUUGUGUCUAUGUUUUGUAGUUUUCCAGCCAACAUUUGUGUUUUUGUACUUUUAUUCCAUUUUACACCAUUUCUAUUUUGUUGGUGUCAACAAAAGCUUUGCUUUUUUUGCCAAACCACAGAAUUCCAAUAUUUUUUAUCUGACUUGACACUUAAUGAAGACAUUUAAUUUAUAUUUUAAAAAGCAGAGUUGAGUUUUUGUUUAAAACAUUGUUUCUUAGACAUCGUUAUUACAAUUUUCUUGAAAUGAUUCCUUAAGAGUAAUGGUGCAAUUUCCCAGGGAUUUAAAAUUAUUUAAAAUAAACCCUUUAGAAGUUUUAUGUAUGUUAUCCAGACAUGUGGACGUAUGAGGUGAGAGUAUAAAGCUAAGACUGGACCGCAUUCUUAAAUGGUUGACACAAACAAGAGGUGGUCACGCUAUGAAAAUGUUAAUGUAACUACAGCGGCUCACCAGAGAGUGGUGCUAGAGUCUCGAUAAUUUUAGUAUACACCUUACUUUUGGUUUCUGUAUAAUAUAGAAAUCUGUUCCGUUGACACUAGUUUAUCACUAGUUAAGAUUGUUUGAGAAAUAGUUUUAAGAUUUUUCAAAAACAAAUUUAACUUUUAACAAAGCAAACCAACGCCUCAAUAACAUUUGGAAACGUUUUUUUUUUUUAAAACCUUCAGCACCAAUAUUUAUCCAAUCAACAAAAAUACAUAAGUGGUUUGAACACUAAAUUCAGUUAACGUGUUGACAGGGUCUAAGCAAAAACUAUACGGUACAUCUCCUUUCGUCUCAAAAAUUUCAGAUUUUAUCAUUUAGUUCUAAUUGAUGUUUUAAGAAAUCCAUUUGUUUUUUUAACCAAUUACCAAGUUUCUUUAAGAUGUUUUUUCCAUACCCACAGAUUUCAGUUGAGCCUUUAAAAGAACAUAUGAAAGGGAAAUAUGAUUUGAUUUUUUUUAACAGUUUUAAAGUUUUAACAAAUAUGUCAGCAGAAAGUGUCAAAAUACUUCAAAUCUAAAGGUACUUUAAACGUCAACAUCGGUGGCUUUGUCUCCAUCUAAGCUUCUUUGCUCUGUUUUUUUUUAAAAUAUGUGUUUGUUUUUCUACUGUACUGUCCACUCUGGGGGUAAAAACCUUGGCAUCCUGUGUAUGUGCACUCUGUAUUUGUGUAGCUGUACGUGUAUUUUGACUACUGACUAUGAGUGCUGGGGAGAGACGGAUGUCCAGGAGGGUCCUGUCCAGUCUUCACUCUCUGUCUCUUCCCUCCUUGGAUGUGCACUGGCUGCCUGUCUGUCUGAUUGUCUCCCCUGGAAACAGAACCCUUGUAAACUAUUGUCUAUUUAAAGUGAAAUUUUACCAACGUU